GAAGAUGAAGUGGAGUAGUCUGUGUCUGUGAUAUGGGGGAAGCUGUGAACUACCCAUCUGUAAAAAUAAAUAAAUUAAAAAUUGAAGUUUUCAAUACUGGUUUGGCCUAAUCGUCCUCUCUGUAUCUCCUCCUUCGACUUCGGUUUCUCCGCGCAAUAACCCUCUUAUUAUUACAUUAUCUUUCUAUUGCAUGUAGCUAGCUAGUAUUGAUCUUUCAAUCCCCACACCAAAAACCCUUAAUGGGUUCAGUCAAUUUCUCUCAUUUUCGUCUUUCAUCGAUAAAGAUUAAGUGAUCUCAGCACCCUUUUUGCCCGCGUUUCUUUGUCAUUCCACAAACAUGGCAAAUGCAUCUGGGUUGUUUUCCCCAGCAGUCCCCAGUUUGAGGAAGCAGAUUUAUCCUUCUAUUAGCAUAUAUCGAUCUGAUUUAAUUUCUGCCCAAGUAUUCACCAAAAGAGUAGUAUGCUCCAGCACCAUUGAACUGGGUUCUGGUCUGUCUCCUUCAGAAUCUCGACUCCCAAAGAUAGUCAGUAAAGGCUGCAAACUUGUUGGAUGUGGCUCUGCAGUCCCAAAACUUGAGGUUUCUAACGAUGAUCUUUCCAAAUUCAUUGAUACUUCAGAUGAAUGGAUAUCUGUACGCACAGGGAUCCGUAAAAGGCGAAUUCUGUCUGGACAGGAGAGUUUGACUGAUUUAGCUGUUGAGGCAGCAAAGAAAGCCCUCUUGAUGGCAGAGACUGAUCCUGAUGAUAUCGAUCUGAUUAUACUAUGUACUUCAACCCCUGAGGAUCUGUUUGGUGGUGCCCCUCAGAUUCAGAAGGCACUAGGCUGUAAGAAGAAUCCACUUGCGUUUGACAUUACAGCUGCUUGUAGCGGAUUCAUUCUUGGUCUUGUUACGGCUGCAAGUUAUAUUCGAGGAAGUGGCUUUAAUAAUGUUCUCGUUGUUGGGGCUGAUUCUCUUUCGCGAAUUGUGGAUUGGAACGAUAGAGGGACUUGUAUUCUUUUUGGAGAUGCUGCUGGUGCUGUUCUAGUUCAGUCUUGCAGUAGCGAUGAGGAUGGUUUAUAUUCAUUUGACUUGCAUAGCGAUGGCGAAGGGCAAAGGAACUUGAAUGCAAAAAUGAAACAAAAUGAAGUAGAUGAUGGUUUAGGCAGUAAUGGUUCGGCCUUAGGGUUCCUCCGACGAAGAAGACCAUCAUCUUAUUCGGCCAUCCAGAUGAAUGGUAAGGAAGUGUUUAGAUUUGCAGUUAAAUCCGUGCCACAGUCAAUCGAGUCUGCUCUUGGAAAGGCAGGUCUAACAUCUUCUAACAUUGAUUGGUUGCUGCUUCACCAGGCAAAUCAGAGGAUUAUUGAUUCGGUUGCAACUAGAUUAGAAAUACCAGCAGAAAGGGUGAUUUCGAACUUAGCAAACUAUGGAAAUACGAGUGCUGCAUCAAUUCCGUUGGCUCUGGAUGAAGCUGUUCGGAGUGGGAAGGUUCGACAGGGCCAAACCAUUGCAGCUUCGGGGUUCGGGGCUGGUUUAACAUGGGGUUCGGCUAUUGUAAGAUGGGGAUGAAUGAUGAUUGAGAUGAUUAUGGAGGAGGGAAGAAAGAAAAUCAAAUACUUUUUAUCUUUUUAGUGUUUGAGUUUGAUAGAUCUUGUUUCACCAUUUCAGACAUUUUGCAUCAAUCAUAUAUUUAGUAAAGAUGUUAAUUUUUCUGUUAUCAAUUUUGGCUUAUGUAUGAUCCAUCUAUCAAAUUGGAACAAUAUUAGGCUGAAGUGUCAGUCUAUAACAUUAAACUCUGCAAAUGGAAUAAAACAUGGAUUGUAACUAAAGGUGAAUUGUGAUA